GUCAGUAGAUGAGCUGCUGUUUGGUGAUUGGUCUAGAUAUGUUGCGGGUGUCGGAGGGGCAAGUCGGGCGACCACCUAGAAUCCGGACUGCCCAGAGGAGCACCCUGACCAGCGUCUUGCAGUUUCUGGAGUCCCGCCCCGCGAUACACGCCCCCCGUUCUCACCGAACCCUCGGCUUGCAAGCCCCUCCCCCACGUCGCCUCCUCUCUUCUCUCCCUUAUGGUCCCCAUGGCCUUCUGGGUAAACGCAGCUUCCACCACCACACCAGAGCCGAGCCGGAGAAACGCCCAGAAAACCCAGGGCAGACAGCGGGACCAAUGCACAACGGCCGUAGCAGUGGUGGCGGAGGGACCAGGGGCAGUGCUAGGGGCGGAGUCAUGAUUAGGAAGCGACGCCCAAACUUGAUCGAUGCCCCUGACGACAGCUUUUUCGUCGUCUCCCGGGAGACCAGGAGGGUCAGGCGGCUGCUGUCACGGUCCCAGCUGAGGCGCGCCUGUCGGCAGCCCUGUGAGCAGAUCACCCUGCGCAAGGCCUCCCAGGCACUAUCGCAGGGGCCGCUCCUCGCCCCUCCACACCCCCACCCCAGCCUCAGGAUGAGGGGACCCAUCGUUAUCCACGACUGACUACUGACCUCUGACCCUAUCUCUCUGCCAUGUUUGUCACCUGCCUAUGCUCUACAUGCAAGACCCCAACCCUAGUUUCACCUGGCCCCCGACCCCCGCCCUCCCCAUCGCCCACUUAAAAAAAAUAUUGUGAAUCUCCCCACCCUACGGAGUCUGACCCUUCACCUCGGGAGGAAGUGAUGUGCUGUGUUGCCGUGGGGACAGACAGAAUGUGGUUCCCACCUGUACAGAUUCAACUUCCCUGGGACAGAAACCAGUGUGUGCGUGUGGGAAUUUAUGUGUUUAAGCACGAGUGUGCACGCGCAAGAGUAUGAGCGUGUGCACGAGUGUGUGAACUUGAUGUUUUUUCUUCUUCUGUACCUGCUACAUGCCAGUGAGUGGGGGUUGUGAGCUAUAUAUAUAUAUAUACAGUAUAUAUAUACAGUGCAUUCGGAAAGUAUUCAGACCCCUCGAGUUUUUCCA